GUUUCCAGUCGGUAGAAAUAAAUGCGACAUUCACGGAAAAGUCAUGUGUAAUACAGAAAACAUUUUACACUACAGCGCAAAGCUGUGAUAUAUACACAAACAUUACUUUAUAUGCAUUUAGCAACAACUACUGAUAUGUUAACGAGGAUUCGUCUCUAUUUCCCUGGCUGUUGUACUGUAGCCUUAUAUCUUCAGUUGUUGUGGAUAGCAUUGUAACUCGGUCAUCGGGUUCAAAUAUGGACCCAAAACACAAAAAACUGCUCCGAUCUCAGCGGCUUUUUUUGGCCGAGGAGCUUUUAGUGGACGACAUCAUCAUACAGUAUUUAUACCAGGAGGAGAUAUUAACGGAGAGUCACUUAGAGGAGAUUGAGUCUGAGUCGUCUAAUAGGAAAAAAACGUUAAAGCUGCUGGAUAUUCUCCCCACUCGCGGCUCGAGCGCCUUCCGUCACUUUACACAGUCAUUAGAGAAAGAUUUUCCCUGGAUCAAAGACAAAUUACUGCGACUGUGUGCGGAAGACACCGAGUGUCCUCCUCCGCCGUUCACAGUUCAGUGUGGUGUACCUGACCACAUCCUUCCGACUGUUCCAACCAUGCUGCAUCUGAACCAACUGGCUGCUCGUCUGGGUUCGGAGUGGAAAUCUGUGCUGCUGGACCUGGGCCUGUCCUCUGCGGAUCUGUACCGGUGCUGUGCGGACAACCCCCUCGCGGUUCAGAGUCAGGUGCUCGCGGGGCUGGUGAUGUGGACGCAGAGGAACGGAAGAGAAGCCACAGUGCGGCGGCUGCUCCACAGCCUGCAGGCCGCAGACAUCCCGCCAUCUGUCCUCCAACAGGUGUUUGUGUAACGUCAUGAAUCCUGUUUUCUGGACUUCACCAUACUGCUCUUGAGCUGUGGACACUAAAGGAAGAGAGAGAGACAGCGUCCUUGCGUGACAUUUAUAUUUUGUUAAGGAAUACACUGAAAAUCCAUCAUACAUCUAAUAUGACAGUCCCUACAAAAAUUAUGAAAUUGAUCAUGUCAUGCUGUUUUUAUAUGUAUGCCUAUUACUAUUAAAGUUAUCAUCUUUUAAAAAUAUGCUUCCAAAAUGGUACAGAAAUUUUUGCAUUGUAUUUUUGGAUGCAAAUAUUGCCUUGCUUUGCUGGCAACCUAGAAGUCAACAUUUUGCGGCAGUUGUACAGUAAUUUCAUACAUUUAUUCAUGAGAAAAACACUGUUUUAUAAUGUUUUGGUAAACAGUGUUUCCUGUCCCAGAUAACAUCUGUCCUUGAUGAGGUGAGAUGAGUUUAUGCAACUUUAUGCAAUCUUUAGUACAAACUAUUUACCAGCCGCUUGCUGGUACAUGUGACGUACUUCUCAUUUCUCAUUCAGUAACAGGUUGCUCUGUCCACUGCUUCCACCCAGUAAUAACACUUUAAACACCCACGUGGAAGUUGGGGUGAAUGUUUUGGUGUUUUUUUUUAAGAAGGGGAAUGUCUGUUUUUUGUUUUGGUGCUUUAUGCAAUUGCAACAGAUAAACACUUUCAUAAGUUAAA